AUUACUUUGAAAACUGAAGCAUUUUGUGCUUUGAUGACGCCAGAUUAAUAAAUGAGUUUUAAGUUUUUAGCAAAAUUGAACCAGAUAACCUUGAAGGCAACUUUGAAGACAGAAGAUUAAUGAAGGAGUUAAUGAAAGAGAAGUACAUUUGUAUUUAAAGUGCAAAGUGAAGUUGGUAUGCAGAGGACAAAAAAGAGACUUAUUUUGUAUGUUGGAACUACUGAUAGUAAUUCAUUAAGAUAAUUAUACAAGUUUUCAGAAAUAAUGCUUAAACAGUAUUUUAACAAGCUAAAUCUUCUAUAUUGUAUCGUCAUUUUAAUGAUAAUAAUGAAUGGAGUUUUAUACGGCUUGUAUUUAACAGGAAAUAAUUAUAACAUUUUGCCAACUGAAAUAACUUAUAAUUCAUCUAAACAAAACGCUCUUCCAAAUUUAUUACUUAUCAUAAAUAUAUCAUCGAAGAAGCCUAAUCAGUUUGACACAACUGAAAUAGAUGAAAGUAUUACAAGAGCAUCAGGCAGCAUCGUAAGAACAGAGGCUACUUCAAAGGAAAUUAUGGAUAUAACAAAAGAGCCAGUGUUAAUACAAAAUGGGGGUGACAAUUUAUCAUUAACGCAAACUAUAACAGAUCUGCCUUUUGAAAAUGUAUCGUUUGAUGUAACAACAACAGGUGGAGCUACACGUAUCACAACUACUCAAAUUCCAAGAUCAUAUCCUGAUGUGUUCAAACCAAAGAUGACUGACAUUGAGAAAAAAAUAGUUGUUGAAAUGUUAGAUACAUUUGACAAAAUUACCAAAACUUACAAUUUGACAUAUUUUAUAUAUGGAGGAACUAUGAUAGGAUCCUGGAGGCAUCAUGGAAUAAUACCAUGGGACGAUGAUAUAGACCUCAUGAUGAAUGCUUCACAGAAGGCACAAGUCUACACAGCAUUGUCAUCUCAAAAUCCACUGUAUCAGGUGUGGAGACCACAGGGGAAGAUUUUCACACAGGACUUCCAGUGGAAAUUCUACAGCGAAUCAUCUAGGACAAUACCCCACUAUCCUUGGUGGAAAUGGCCAUUUUUAGACAUUUUCUUCUUUAACGAAAAUGCAACUCAUUUAUGGGACCAUCAUUCCAAGAACCAUGGUUUUCUGCUCAAGAAGUCUGAAGUGUUUCCAUUAUCACUUAGACCAUUUGAAUCACUGUGGCUUGCUUCUCCCAGACAAAUAUCAACAGCCUUAGACAAAUGGUACAAUAUGUCGAUAUGUGCCUCUCCAACAUGGGAUCAUCAAACUGAACGUUAUACCACAAGCCACACAAGCGUUUCUUGUGAAGAACUUUAUCCAUAUUUCCCCUUUGUUACUAGGACAGUAGAUUGUAUUGAGACAUUGAAGCUUGGAGGCCAUGUUCUACAUUCUAAAUAUGUACGCUGCUGAGAUCCAAGAUGGGUAUUUAGUAUUAUUUAUGGUGAUGUUAGAAUAGGAGUAUCUAUUCUAUUUAAUGUAUUUAUAAAAUAUUACAUCAUGAUGUAUACUAGGAAUAUAUACUAGGACACAAAAAAGAUCUUGUGUUGAAACUCAUACAUGUAGCUUUUCCUUGCGUCCCUAUCAAGUAAUAUAUCAUUGUGUUCCUUAUGGACAGUUACAUAAAAUUGCAAGGUUUCAGAAUUCAGUGGUGUCACAUGUAUCAAAGGAUGUUGGUACGGGUCAUUUAAAGGGC